UCCUCUAAUUCGGUUCAUCAAUUUGUGGAAGAGAAAUAACGAAAGGAGAGGCAUUCGUCUGCACAGUUUGUGUCGCGAACCGUUUUGUCUCUGUCCGCGUAUAAUAAAUGUUUACGUAAUAUACAUUCGCGUAAAGCGAAAAGACAGUCCGUAUGCUAAUGAGAUCAAACGAGGGUAUGUCAGAAGGCGGCAUGAAAUCAUCUCAGUUUACAGAAGGCCCGAACUAGCCGUCAGUCGUCGUUGGUCCAGCCAGCCGAUAGGACAACUUCUCUGCGGUACUUAUCCCGGUCAAGAGGUCACGAUGAGGGCAACGACGCAGUUGCUUCUGGGGACUCUCUGCGUUGCCGUUCUUUUGCUCUCGGAUGUUUCCGGAAAGCAUCACGGCCAUCGAUCGGAGUCGACACCAGCUUCUGAAAUCGAGACUCAAGAUGUGGGAAUCAACGAAGUUUUGACCGAAGAUAUAGAAGAUAAAUACGAGGCAUUCAGCCCCGACGAAAACAAUCGUUGGAAGUACGACCCUUGCAUGAACAAACACUGCAGCGCUGGACGCACCUGCAAGCCGGACGAUGACGGCGUUGCUCAGUGUGUCUGCGUUGAGGAAUGUGAACCCGAAUCGGAUGCUCGCCGCAAAGUGUGCACCAAUUUGAACGAGACGUGGUCGAGUGACUGCGAGGUUCACCAGGCACGGUGUUUCUGCGUCACGGAUGACCCGAGAUGCAAGGGUCCCGAGCAGAAGCACGUCCACGUCGAAUACUACGGAGAGUGCAGAGAAAUGCCGGAAUGUACCGAGGGUCAAAUGGCCGACUUCCCCCGACGCAUGCGGGAUUGGCUUUUCAACGUUAUGCGUGACCUUGCUGACCGCAGAGAGCUUACGGAACACUUCUUGGAGAUGCAACAGGCCGCGGCACAGAACUUUACCAUUCGUUGGAGAAACGCCGUGAUAUGGAAGUGGUGCGAUCUCGACGGUAGCCCCCAUGACAGAGUCGUUUCUAGACACGAACUUUUCCCCAUUCGAGCUCCGCUUAUGGCUCUCGAACACUGUAUCGCUCCCUUCCUUGACGCCUGCGACGCAGAUGGCGAUCACAAAAUCACAUUGCGUGAGUGGGGCAAGUGCCUCGAAAUCGAGGAGGAUGAUCUGGACGACAAAUGCGGUGAAUUGGUCGAAAUGGUGGGUGAACAAGAUUAGAUAUAAGAUAAUUUCAUUACCUAUUAUAAUACGCCUUGAUGUAAGUAAGUUGCGGCCGGAAUAAGGAUAGAAAUUUAUUUGACUCACACCAUAUGACAUGAUACGUAAAUAAUAAUAUACGGUUAGGUAAGACAGAAGCGCGAGAUAGAUGGCAUACGUAUGAGUAACUAACUCGUCGUGUCAUCGCGCAUAUCCAUUUAUCUUCAGUCUGUCGUCUCUUCCUGCGUCUCACGUCUGCAAUACAGAAUUCGUCAAUAAUUCGCCGCUCCCAAUUUACGUCGAGGCUUAAAUCUAUUUCAAUGUACGUACUAUAAGAACUAGGAGAGGAAGAAUAAACGGAAAGGAAAAACCAGAAGAGGAAAAUAAUUUUACUGCAUUAUUAAUCAAUUACAUAAAUGCAUUUUUACUGUAACGAAA